UUAUUUAUUUUAGUCCUUAAGUCAUCUUUAGUCAUCUUGGCCUUGUUAUGGUUAUUUUAGCUUUUUCUCUCAUUUGAUCCUUAGUCAAACCCAAUUGUUAUCCUUUCAUUUUCAACACACUUUAAUAAAUGAAAUUAACAUCUUAUUUUCAAUAAAUAAUUUCCUUUCUAAAAAUGGUAUUGCAAAAUUAUUUGGUAAUAGAGUUUUGUUUAUUAUUUUUAAAAAUUAAACUCAUUUACUAAAACUCCCGCUCAUUCUUUUUUGUUCUUGAGAAUGAUCGACACCUCUUUCAGGUCUGUAAUGAUUAUCCUUGUCUUUUAGCAUGGUAGGAGAGGAAUUGACCUUUCUAAAGCAUAUUCAGUUAUAUCCGCAUGACCCCAUUAAUUAUUUUUUUUCGAUCAGAACAUCCAACAGCGCAACCUAGUUCUACUUGACUAAGCCUCGGAGUUUGCUUUACCCAACAAAACAGAAUCCCGGACCCAACAUUAGAAAAAUAUAUAUUUAGUGUAAUAAAAUAAUUUCAAGAAUAAUACUCUAAUUACCAUCUUAAAAAGUUUGGCGUUCAAUCCUCAUCAAAUACGGACCAAAAUACUUAUUCUUUCUUAAAAUUUGAAUUAGGUAGCAAACAAAGCAUAUGAUUGCUUAUAACUUGGGAUUAGUAUUCUCAGAUUCAUUGUCCAUUUCAUAAACAUCCUUUGACACUUUAUUUGAGAAAAGAAGACGUUGGCUGCUCAUUGAAGUCUUAACCAUUUAAGUUCAUUUGAAAAGCAUAUGACAGAGCCCUUAUGGAUCCCAUUUCAGAAAUGGAAAAUCUAAAUGGGAAAUGGAUGAGCAGAAGUUAAGUCAUGCAAAUUUUGUAAUUUAGGCAGAGAUGCCAUGCUAAAAACAUACCCAUCACUGCUAUAUAGGAUUUCCAAACUCCCUCUCCAAUCAUCCAAUCAUGUUAUGUUUGAAUGAUUUCCCACACAUUCAACAAGCACAGUUAGUUUUUAGUCACUGGUUUGUGAUCUUAAGGCAUCGAGCAACCUGAGCUUCGUCGAGAGUUUUUCAUGGGGAAGCGAUUCUUGCUCGGAAUGUUGGUUGUGACAUUGACAGUCAUAGUUUGUGGAGCUGUGGAGGGUGGUUCGCUUUCUAAACAGAAGAGUUUGAGAAUGAACUCUCUUAGGAAGCAAGCAAUAAAAAGCAUUCGGAGCGAAGAUGGCGACAUCAUAGAUUGUGUAAGCAUUUACGAUCAGCCUGCUUUUGAUCAUCCUGCUCUGAGGAAUCACACCAUUCAGUUGGCACCCACUUAUGAUCCCACCAUAGAUGAGCAUUCAAAGAAAGCAACAGCAGAAAGGGAAGGGAAGGAGGAAAAGAAUUCCAUGGUUGUGAAACAAACAUGGAGGAAAAGUGGCAGUUGCCCUGAAGGAACAAUACCGAUUCGAAGGAUCCGAAAGCAUGUCCUACUCAAAGCUGAAUCGAUAGAACGCUAUGGACGAAAGAAACCGAUGUUUUCCCAAGAAAACGCUCAGCUUCCCAUCACCCGAAGUUCGCAUACUCUGCUAACGAAUCGUUCGAAGGCAUUUCUGCUUACUGCAGGAAACAACUACAAUGCAGCUAAAGGAGACAUUAAAGUAUGUAACCCAAGGGUCGAGUUCGAUGAUGAAUAUAGUACUUCCCAAGUCGCUCUAUUAACCGGCCCUUACUAUAAUUUUGAGGCUAUCGAAUCCGGAUGGGCGGUAAAUCCAGGUGUUUAUGGGGAUCGACAGACUCGACUGUUCGUGUAUUGGACUGCCGAUGCUUCCCAAAAAACAGGCUGCUUUGAUCUCACUUGCCCAGGUUUUGUUCAAACAAGCAAUGAAAUUGCUCUUGGUUCUGCUAUUUAUCCAAUCUCAACUCCCAAUGGGCUUCCAUAUGAAAUAAUUAUGUUCCUUUUUAGGGAUUUCAAGACAGAUAAUUGGUGGGUGCAAUAUGGGGAAAGCAUUAACAUAGGUUAUUGGCCUCCUGAGCUAUUCGGUGCACUAAGUCACACAGCAGAAACAGUACAAUGGGGAGGGGAAGUUUACAGUACAAAGAUAGGACGACCUCCUCACACUAGAACAGCUAUGGGCAGUGGAAGGUUUCCUGACUUCAUUUCUGGUACUUCAGGUUGGGUAAAACGGAUGCGAGUUCGAGAUAAUUCCAUGGUUUUGAUGUUUCCUGGUUGGGUUGAGCACUACUCCGAUGAAUACGACUGUUACGACGUCGAUUUCAUCCGAGAUUAUUUAGAUGAUCCUGAACUAUACUAUGGAGGACCUGGUAAAAAUCCAAGGUGUCCCUAAGAGACUAACAAAAUUGGGAUGAGUACCUCUUGCUUUCAUUAGGUUCCUUCAUGUAAUGAAUAACAUAGAACUAUAAAAAAGGAAGCUAUUUCUUUUGUUUCAAA